AUGGAUAGUUAUCCAUAUCCAUCUUACACAAAUUCCAUAAGAUUGACUCUUCUAAAAGGUCGAGAUGAUGUAAAUAUAUAUACCGAUCAGAUUGAAGAGUUUGUCAAAGAUUUUUAUGAAAAUGGACCUGGUUCUGUGGGCGAAAAUUUAGAUUUAGGUGUACAAAUGCUAGAAGUAAGAUUUAUUUUGUGGUUGUUAUGUGUAUUAGAAUACGGUGUAAAAUUCAAUGUAUUACUGGCUGAUAAAGAUGUAAUGAAAAACACAUCGGCAUUGUUUGAAAUGCCACAAGAAUCUUACACGCUUCUCGACGAUGCAUACAAAGAGUACCAUUGCUUGCGCUCAAUUUACGAUUUAUAUUUACGUCAAAAAAGCGCAAGAGAUGAUUGGGCUAAAACACUGUGGUCAGAGUUAGAACCACAGUUAUUGUUAGAAGGCAUGGACAGUUUUAUUAAAGAGUUUAAACAAAUUCCUAAAGCAUGUCGUUCAGUGCCCAUUGCGUUGGUCUUAAAUAUGCAAAUGAAAAAAUUUAAAAACUCCAUUCCACUAUUUAUUGAGCUAAAGAAUGAUGCAAUGAAAGAAAUGCAUUGGAAAAAGCUAAUGGAACAAACUGGUCAAUUUUUUGAUAUGAACCCUGAAGUAUUAACGUUAGAAAAUAUUUUUAAUAUGGAUUUAGCUCGUUAUAAAGACACGUGUAUGGAAAUUGUUGCAAAUUCAGUAAAAGAACUGAGCAUUGAACGGAGUAUCAAUGACGUUGAAGAAAAUUGGAAAAUUAAGGAUUUGACUAUUAUCGAAUAUAUAAAAAAUGAUACAUUUCGAGGAAUAAUUUUGGGAGAUUUAUCAGAAGUUUUUCAAUUACUUGAAGAUAAUAUAAUGACUCUUCAAAGCAUGGCUGGUUCCCAGUUUAUUGGUCCAUUUCGAUCAGUAGUAGAUAAAUGGGAUAAAGACCUAACAUUUAUUAUCAAUACCCUCAUCAUAUGGAAUUUAGUGCAAUCAAAAUGGAUGUAUUUAGAAGAGAUAUUUCUUGAUGAUAAAUUUCGAGUACAGCUGCCCAAUGAAGCUUUGAAAUUUGAUGGCCUAAAUCAAAAAUUUAAAGAUAUUAUGAAAAACGCAUUAAAAAAUCGAAAAAUAAUUAUAUUAAGUAAAAUGCCGGAACUAUUUGUAGAACUAACUGGUUUAUUUGAAGGACUUGAAACAUGCCAAAAAAUGCUGAAUAAAUAUUUAGAAACGAAACGAAUCUCUUUUCCAAGGUUCUAUUUUUUAUCUGAUAAUGAGCUGUUAUUAGUUUUGGGUAAUACUAAUCCAAAUUGUGUACAAGAACACAUUGUAAAGAUGUGGGAUAAUGUGGGAAGCUUAAUUUUUGUAAAUGAUUCUCGUGAGAAUACUUUAGUAAGUGGUAUGGUUUCGUGUGAAAAGGAAAUAAUGGAAUUUAAAAGUCAAGUGAUGGUCGAUGGAUCAGUUGAAAUAUGGAUGUUAAGUGUAUUAAUAGAAAUGUGGAGAUCUAAUAAGUAUUUAAUAAAAAAAUCAAUAUUUGAAUACGGAAAUACGACAGGGUCUAGAUGUGAAUGGAUGUUGAACUAUCAAGGACAAAUGUGUUUGGCUGCCAACAGCGUAUGGUGGACAGCCGAAGUUGAAAAUGUUUUUUGGGAAAUAAAAAAAGGAAAGAUAAAUGCAAUGAAAAAUUAUUUAGAAAAAUUGAAUCAACAGAUGGAUGAGUUGAUAAUGCAAGUGAGGGGGGAAUUAAUAUCAAAUGACCGAAAAAAAUUUAACACAGUUUUAAUUGUUGAUGUUCACGCGAGAGAUGUAAUUGAAAAUUUAGUUCGAGAUGGCAUUAUAAAAAGUCAAGAAUUUGAAUGGGAGAGUCAGUUAAGAUUUUACUGGAAAAAGAAUGUUGAUAAUUUAAUCAUCGAUCAGUGUUCAGGGACAUUUUCAUACGGAUACGACUAUAUGGGAUUAAAUGGACGUUUGGUUAUAACACCGUUAACAGAUAGAAUUUAUUUGACAAUAACUCAAGCACUUUCAAUGCAAUUAGGUUGUGCUCCUGCUGGACCAGCUGGUACUGGGAAAACUGAAACAGUUAAGGACUUAGCGAAGGCUUUAGGAAUAUUGUGCAUGGUUACAAAUUGCGGAGAGGGGAUGGACUUUCAAGCAUUUGGUAUGAUAUUGGAUGGUUUAUGUCAAUGUGGAGCUUGGGGUUGCUUUGACGAAUUUAACCGAAUCGAUAUAUCGGUUCUGUCCGUAAUAUCAACGCAAUUAGGUACAAUUAGGAAUGCAUUAGUUGAAAAAAAAAAAAUGUUCUUGUUUAGGGGUAGAGAUACCAUCCUGGAUAAUAAGGUUGGAAUAUUUAUUACGAUGAAUCCUGGUUAUGCAGGUCGUACUGAAUUACCAGAAAGCCUGAAGACAUUAUUUAGACCAGUCGUAUGUGUACUUCCUGAUUUAGAACUAAUUUGCUUAAUUAUGCUAUUUUCGGAAGGAUUUUUAAAUGCUAAAGUAUUAGCAAAAAAAAUGGCAGUUUUAUAUAGCUUAGCCCGUGAACAAUUAUCAAAACAAUCACAUUAUGACUUUGGGUUGAGAGCAUUGAAAUCUGUGCUCGUUAUUGCCGGUGAGUUAAAACGAAAUGCGCCAAAUCUCGAUGAAAAUGUAGUACUAAUGAGAGCGUUGAGAGAUAUGAACUUACCUAAAUUUGUAUAUGAUGAUGUACCACUAUUUUUGGGACUUAUAGCGGAUUUAUUUCCUGGACUGAAAUGUCAUCGAGUUACGUAUCCUGAGUUUAAUAAUGCGAUCGAGGAAGAAUUACGAAAAAAAUAUUAUUUACCGUUAGAAAAUCAGGUGGAUAAAGUUACUCAAUUAUAUGAAACCAUGAUGACAAGACAUUCAACUAUGGUUGUAGGUCCUACUGGAGGUGGAAAAACCGUCGUUAUUAAUACGCUAGUUAAUGCCCAGACUUCACUUGGGUUACCAACUACAUUGUAUACACUGAAUCCUAAAGCUUGUACUGUUGUUGAACUUUAUGGUUUUUUUAAUCUCGUCACUAGAGAUUGGACUGAUGGACUUCUUUCAAAUAUAUUUCGUGAAAUCAACAAACCUAUACCAGAAGAUAAACCAGAAAGAAGGUAUAUACUAUUUGACGGUGAUGUAGAUGCUUUAUGGAUAGAAAAUAUGAACUCAGUUAUGGACGAUAAUAAACUUUUGACAUUAGCAAAUGGCGAACGUAUACGACUGUUACCUCAUUGCGCGUUAUUGUUUGAAGUAGGAGACUUAAGGUAUGCUUCACCUGCUACUGUUUCCAGAGCCGGUAUGGUGUAUGUAGAUCCUAAAAAUCUUGGCUACACUCCGUACUGGACUAAAUUUUUAUCAAAUAAAAGAUCUGUUGACAGAGAACCUCUAAAUAUGCUAUUUGAUAAAUAUGUACCUGUUAUUUUGGAUCGUAUAUUUGAUGGUAACUACGGAUUUGAAAUAUUGAGUCCGUUAAAGUUAAUUAUAUCUCAGACAAAAUUAAAUUUGGUUACCCAGAUGUGCUAUAUUUUAGAUGCUAUCUUAAGCCCUGAUAGUGAUCAAAUUACUGAAGUAUCGCCUGAUACUUCACAAAAUUUACAAGAUGAAUUAACUGAAGCUGUUGAAGUGACUGAUGAAAUGGAAGCAAUAUUCAUUUCAGCUAUUUAUUCAUCAUUAGGAGCACCACUAGAAGGCAAUUCUCGAUUAAUAUUUGAUGAGUUCGUAAAAAAAAUUUCUGGAUUCAUUAAAAUGGAUGAUUCUCCAUCAAAACGAGCUUCUUUUAAAUUCAUUCCUUGUCACGAGGAAACGUGGUAUGAAUAUUAUUUGGAUAUUGAGCAACAAAUUUGGGUACCAUGGAACACUCUUGUACCUAAAUAUGAACAUAAUCCCAAUAUUAAAUUUAACGAAAUACUAGUACCAACUGUUGAUUCCACUCGAGUCACAUGGUUACUAAAUCUUAUGACUGACGUAAAACGCCCAGUGAUUCUAAUUGGGGAAACAGGAACAUCAAAAACAGCAACAAUGCAAAACUUCUUAAGAACGCUAGACACUAAUCAAUUUAUGCAAACAAAUUUAAAUUUUUCUUCCAGAACAACUUCUUUAGACGUACAAAUGAUUUUAGAAGCAAAUGUUGCCAAGCGAAACAAAAACAUAUAUGGACCCCCAAUUGGUAAAAAACUUGUUUGCUUUGUGGACGAUAUGAAUAUGCCUCAAGUCGACACAUAUGGUACUCAACAACCAAUAGCACUAUUAAAAUUAUUUUUGGAAUCAGGAGGAAUGUAUGAUCGUGGUAAAGAAUUAAUAUGGAAAUCACUUAUUGAAAUUUAUUUGUAUGCGGCCAUGGGUAAACCCGGAAGUGGUAGAAAUGAAGUAGAUCCAAGGUUUAUUUCAAUGUUUUCAGUUUAUUGUAUGGUAUUUCCCUCAGAUGAUACAAUAAAUCAUAUCUUCAAUUCAAUCCUUUCGGGUCAUACGCACAAUUUUAACGAAGAUGUCCAAAACAUAGUUCCAACUAUCUUAGAAAUGACUUUGAGAUUAUACAAGAUUAUUUUAGUAGAAUUUCCACCUACUCCUAAUAAGUUUCAUUACAUAUUUAACCUUCGUGAUUUAAGUAGAAUAAUUAACGGAAUGCUUUUCACAAAUCCAAUAAUAUUUGAUAAUGUUUUGAGUUUUGUCAGAGUGUGGAGAAAUGAAUUUACUCGUGUAAUAUGUGACAGAUUUAACAGCGAGCAGGUAAUUUUAAGUAUUUAUUUAUUAAGUAUUAGUAAAUACAUUGACCAUUAAAAGGAUGAACAAUUAAUGACAAUGCGAAUUGAAGAAACGUUGGGAAUUUUUUUCCCGAACGAAAAGAAUGAAAUUCUAAUAAAUCCAUUAAUUUUUGGGGAUUUUAAAAAUGCAUUAAAUGAAGAUAUCCCAAUAAAACUAUAUGAAGAUUAUCAAACAUAUGAAGCUAUAUUGAAAAUGUUUAUUGAGAUUUUAGAAGAAUAUAAUGAACAGAACCAAAAAAUCGAUAUGGUAUUAUUUAACAUGGCAUUAGAAAAUUUAACUAGAAUUCACAGAGUUUUGAAAAUGGAUACAGGGCAUAUAAUGCUCAUAGGUGUUGGUGGAAGUGGUAAAGCACUGAUGACUAAACUAGCAGCUUUUACCGCGGGAUGCGAAAUAUUUUCAAUCGUUAUAAGCAAGGGAUACAAUGAAGCAGCAUUCAAAGAAGAUUUGAAAAGGCUAUUUUUGUUGUUAGGCGUUGAAAAUAAACGUUUAGUGUUUUUCUUAACACAGUCUCAAAUUUCCGAAGAAAGUUUUUUGGAAAUUAUCAAUAAUAUAUUAAUGGUUGGAACUGUACAAGCAUUGUAUACAGAAGAUGAAAAAACCGGAAUAGCAAAUGAAGUCAGAAAUACUGCUAGUAAUGCUGGUUAUGAAAAUACUAAAGAUGGUGGUUGGACAUAUUUCACAAAAACAUGCGUAAACAAUCUUCAUGUAGUUCUCUCUAUGUCACCUGGAGAUGAACUCAGAGAAAGAUGUCGUAAUUUUCCUGGCUUAGUAAAUAAAACAUACAUUAAUUGGAUUUUUCCUUGGCCAGAACAGGCUCUACAUGCUGUUUCAGAAUCAUUCAUAAAUAAUGCACAUUCAAUACCCCAAGAUUACAAACAAAUCAUCACUAAUCAUAUAGUUUAUACACAUAAAACAAUGAAUGUCUAUACUAAUGAUUUUUUGGUAAAAUUGAAGCGCAAAAAUUAUGUAACUCCCAAACAUUAUCUAGACUAUAUAAAUGUAUAUUUAAAUUUAAUUGAUGAGAAAUCUGCUAUUGUUGCACGUCAAUGUGAAAGAUUAUUAGUUGGUUUACAAAAAAUUGAAGAAGCUACCGAACAAUUAAUAAUACUUAAUGAACAGCUAGAAAUACAAAAAGUUGUUGUAGCUGAGAAAACAUUAGCGUGUGAAAUUAUUUUACAGGAAAUUUCAGAAGUAAUAGCCUCUAAAAUAGCAAAUACAAAAAAAGAAAUUGUCGUUGAAAAGACAAUUGAAAGUAAAGAAGCUGGUAAAAUAAUAGCCGUCGAGAAAGACGAAGCUCAAGAAAUAUUGAGCCAAGCGUUACCAGCAUUAGCCUCUGCAAAGGAUGCGUUAAACAAUUUAAAUAAAAACGAUAUUACAGAAAUUAGAUCAUUCGCUACACCACCAGAACCUGUACAAGUAGUGACUGAAUGCAUAGCCUUAAUUCUUGGUUAUAAAGAAGUUAAUUGGAAAGUGUCCAAACAAAUGAUGUCUGAUCCACGAUUUUUAAAUACAUUGAAAGGAUUAAAUGCGGAUGAUAUUACUUCAAAACAACAAUCUCUAGUCAGAGCAAAACUUAAGACUUCUAAAAAAAUUGCCCUCAUGAAAGAUAUCAGUAAAGCAGGAUAUGGAUUACUGGGUUUUGUUGAAGCUGUUCUGCAAUACUGUGUUGUGUUUAAAGAAGUUAAACCAAAACAAGAUAAACUCAAAGAGCUCGAAAAAGACCAUGAACUAGUAACCAAACAGUUAAUUCAUCUGAAUAAGGAAUUAAAUGAAAUAAUGUCUACACUAGACAAACUAAAUGAAAAAUAUAAAAAUGCAAUGGCUGAGCGAGCAAUUAUUCAAGAAGAGAAAGAUCUCAUGGAACGUAGAUUAAUUGCAGCUGAUAAAUUAAUUGCAGGUUUGAGUUCCGAGAAUACUAGAUGGAAGAAUGAUUUAGUCGAUUUAGAAGAGUAUAAGAAAAAAAUAUUUGGGAAUUGUUUGAUGAGUUCGUCAUUCUUAGCUUAUACGGCACCAUUUUCAUAUGAAUUUCGUGUUGAUAUGUUAUUCAAUAAUUGGCUUACGAAUAUAAUACAAUAUAGAAUACCGAUAACCGAACCAUUUAAAAUUGAAAUAGAACUUGCUGAUGAAGUUAUGAUUUCUACAUGGAACUCAGAAGGACUACCGUCUGAUGAUUUAUCAAUUCAAAAUGGUAUUCUUACUACGAGAGCGAGUAGAUUUCCAUUAUGUGUCGAUCCACAGCAACAGGCAUUGAAUUGGAUAAAACAAAAAGAAGAACCAAAUAGUUUAAAAACAUUGUCAUUUAGCGAUUCCGAUUAUUUAAAAUACGUAGAAAAUGCUAUUAUUUAUGGAACACCUGUACUAUUUCAAGAUGUGGAGUAUAUAGAUUCAAUAAUUGAAAAUGUCUUAGAAAAAAAUAUAAAGAGUAUUUCUGGUCGAAAGUUUGUAAUGUUGGGUGAUAAAGAAGUAGAUUAUGAUGAAAAAUUUCGUAUGUACCUAACUACAAAAAUAGCAAAUCCAUUUUUUUCUCCAUCCAUUUACACAAAAGCAACUGUCAUAAAUUGCUUGAUCACACAGAAAGGACUUGAAGAUCAACUAUUAGGUAACGUAGUUAAAAAUGAAAGACCCGAUUUAGAACAACAAAGUGAUGAAUUGGUAAUGGAAAUCAGUUCUAACAAAAGUCUAUUGAAAAAUCUUGAGGACUCACUGCUUCGUGAAUUGGCCACGUCUACAGGAAAUAUAUUAGACAACAUAGAUCUGGUAGAAACAUUAGAAGAAACUAAAUCAAAAGCAAGCGAAGUUAUUGAAAAAUUAUCAUUAGCAACCACAACUGCAAUAGAAAUUGACGUACUUCGAAAUCAAUUUCGUUCAGCUGCCACUAGAGGAGCUUUGUUGUUCUUUGUGCUGUCAGAUAUGAGUACAAUUAAUGCAAUGUACCAGAAUUCACUUUCUAGUUAUCAAAAUGUGUUCAAAAAAUCUCUGAAAAAAGCAAUGCCUCACAAAAAGUUGAAAAAAAGACUAAUGAACAUUAUUAAUACAUUUACUGAGAGCCUGUAUAGAUACGGAUGUACAGGUAUUUUUGAAAGGCAUAAGCUUUUAUUUUCAUUUCAAAUCGCAGUGAAACUUCAAAUAAGUACAAAUAAUGUAACAAAAUCUCAACUUGAUUUUUUCAUUAAAGGAAAUGUCACACUAGAAAAAAACUUAGAAUAUAUAAAUCCUAUCAGUUGGCUGUCACAACAAAACUGGAAAGAUAUUGUUAAAUUAUCCAAAGAUUUUUCAGAAAUAUUCCCUAAUUUGAGUGAACAUGUAAUAGAGAACAAUACAGACUGGAAAGGCUGGUAUGAUCUAAAUAUGCCAGAAUCAUCGAAACCACCUUAUCCGUUUUCUGAAUUACUCGAACCCUUUUACAUGCUCAUGUUAUUACGAUGUUUUCGAGUGGAUCGCACCUAUCAAGCUAUUAGCAAUUAUAUAGUUUUAGUAAUGGACGAAAUGUACAUUACAACACCAACUAUUGAUUAUGAUGCGAUAUACACACAGACUGAACCUCAAAAUCCUGGAUUGUUUAUUUUAAGUCCUGGAUCCGAUCCAACCCACGACCUGGUUAGACUCGCUGGUCGAUGUGGAAUAUCAUUAAACGAAUUUGAAUUUCUAUCUCUUGGACAAGGACAGGAACAAAUUGCAAUUAAGUUGUUGAGUUUAGCAAUGAAUGAUGGUCACUGGUUAAUGUUCCAAAAUUGCCAUUUAUUGAUAAAUUUUUUAUACGAUCUUGAAAAGAUAUUGGAUAGAACAAGCAAAAUUCAUCCAAAUUUUAGACUAUGGUUAGCUACUGAAGCUACCCCCUUUUUUCCAGUAUCUGUAUUACAAAGAUCUUUAAAAGUGGUUACUGAGCCGCCCAAUGGACUGAAAUUAAAUAUUAGAAAUACUUAUGCUAAAUUGAAACAAGAAACUUUGGACGAGUGCGCUCAUCCAGCAUACAAAUCAUUAAUAUACGUUCUUGCUUUUUUCCACGCAGUUGUUCAAGAGAGAAGAAAAUACGACAAAAUUGGUUGGAAUAUUGCUUAUGAUUUUAGCGAAUCAGACUUUUCCGUUUGCGUGCAAAUUCUGAUUAAUUAUUUAAAUAAAACUUUAAAUGAUGGUGUCGAUUCAACAUUGCCAUGGGAUACAUUGAGGUAUUUAAUUGGAAAUGUGAUGUAUGGUGGACGCGUGAUUGAUAGUUAUGAUCAGAGAAUUGUAAAUACAUUUAUGGAAAAAUAUUUCGGCCAAUUUAUAUUUGAUGAAUUUCAAAAGUUUUAUUUUCACUAUGAUAUAAAUAUCUCCUAUGAUUUACCAAUGUUUGAAAUGAAAGAGGACUAUUUAAACUCAAUAGAAGAACUACCUAAUAUUAAUGGACCGGAGGUACUUGGUCUUCAUUUUAAUGCUGAGAUAGGAUAUUUCACAAAAGCCUCAAAAAAUAUGUGGGAUAAUCUACUCAGAUUACAGCCACAAACUGAAUCAUCUGACACUGGAGAGAGCCGUGAAGACUCAAUAGAUGCUGUAGCUGAUGAUAUAUUACAAAAAUUACCUGACCUAUUCGUCAUUGGAGAUGUCAAAAAAAUGUACGGAAAUAAUUUUAAACCCAGUACCGUUGUCUUGCUCCAAGAAUUAGAAAUAUUCAAUAUACUAAUAAAAAAAAUUAGGGUCACAUUAACAAUGCUACGAAAAGCUUUUUUGGGUGAAAUUGGAAUGGAUCCUAUUUUAGAAAGCGUGUCUUCGUCACUUUACAACGGUCAAAUACCAAAUGUUUGGAUGAAGUUAGCACCACAAACGUGUAAAAAUCUUGGUGGGUGGAUAGAACAUUUUGUUUCAAGAACUGAACAGUAUGCAGAGUGGAGCACAAUUGGAGAACCUCUGGUUAUGUGGUUAGCUGGCCUUCACGUACCUGAAUCGUAUUUGACAGCUAUCGUACAGAUGGCGUGCAGAACGAAUGGAUGGUCAUUAGAUCAUUCUACUUUAUAUACAACGGUUACUGAAUAUACAGAAAAAGACGAUGUAGAAAAUUCACCAAAUACGGGUUGUUAUAUAAGUGGAAUAUUUAUUGAAGGAGCUCGUUGGGAUAUGGACGCACAGUGUUUAGCUGUCUCAAAAACAAACAUAUUGAUCGAAAAUCUGCCAAUUAUCUUAAUUGUACCCAUCGAAGCUACCAAGCUGAAAUUACUAAAUACUAUUCGUACUCCAGUGUACACCACAUCUCUGCGGCGAAAUGCAAUGGGCAUUGGAUUAGUAUUUGAAGCAGACUUAAGAACAUAUAUUUAUAAUAGUUUUUGGAUUUUACAAGGAGUUUGUCUAUUAUUGAAUGACGAUUAAUAGUUAUUAUCAAAAGAUAUUAUUUU